AUGGCUGACCCACGCAACAUGGAUCGAGACGCCUUCGUCUACUGGACGAAAUACUGCCGACAAGGCCUCGCGACAGCUCCUGCAUCGAUCAUAGCAAUUGCGGCCGGUUCCCCGCUCGAGAAUGUCAAGGUCCGAAUGCAAUCACGCUACUUCCCAUCUGCCAUAAAUGCCACCAAAUAUCUCUACAGAACCGAAGGCCUGCGUGGCUUCUGGGUCGGCACUUGGGCUCCUUUGGCUUCGCUCACACUCACUCGCACUCUAACCUUCUCUAUCUACCGACAAGCGAAGUACCAACUGGAUUCCAUGAUCGAAACCGUCACAGGCUCGUCGCCGCUUCAACAUGUGAACCGAGCUGGAACCUACCCAACUUUGUCCACCAUCCUCUGUUUCACUGGCUCUGGCAUGAUCGCUGGAGGUCUCUUGGCCCCGUUCCUCACCCCCGUCGAGUUGAUCAAGAACUGCACUCAAUCUUCGGUCCUCAUGGCCUCUGGUUCCAAAACCUCCACCACCGCUGCCAAGAACGUCGGCCGUGUCUCAUCCAUGGAUUCUGCUCGACAGAUCAUCGCCGAGAGAGGAGUCAGCGGCCUGUUCACCGGAUUCCGUCUGCACUUCUACCGUGACGUCCUUGGCACUGGCCUCUACUUCGGCAUCUACGAGACGCUGAAGCAAUCAAUCAACAGCGCCUACGGCGCAGACAAGGUCAAUGCUCCCGGAGCUGUCAUGUUCGCCGGCGCUGCGUGCGGUGUUCUGUCGUGGACGAUGACCUAUCCCCUCGACACGAUGAAAACCCAGGCCCAGAACCGGCUGGUCGGUCUCGGUGCCAAGGCUGCGGCUGACGCCACCAAGGCGUCGGCUCGCACCCUGUCCAAGUGGAAGGGCUUGGAGAUGGUGAUUCUGCGUUCUGCAUUGCAGAACAUGAUUCAGAUGUCGAUUUUUGAAUACCUGAAGGUGCAAAUCGACGACUUGGCGUUCAGCAGUGGCAGUAAAACAUUGCCUGAGAUCGAGCGUGAAUUGGGAAGAGACAAGAAGAGAAAUAAGUAA